CCGGCGGAAGUGCCGCAGGCUGACGGUUAACUGUCGCUGUUCGAGCACAACAACAACAGCAACAACAGACGCGCUGAAGACGACCAGCAGCUCAAGCUCGUCCUGAGAGCAUCAUGAGUGUGUAGAGAACAUGGCUUCUAAACCAGAGCAGCUGCUGAUUGUGGUGUCAGUUCUCGAAGGCCGUCAGUUCCCCAGGAGUCCGCGGCACACGCUGGUAGUCGAGGCUCGCUUUGACGGAGAGCCGUUGGCCACAGACCCCGUCGAACACAAAGAGCAGCCGCAGUUCUGCACUGAGCUGGCCUGGGAGCUCGACCGCAAGACGCUGCAUCAGCACCGACUCCAGAGGACACCCAUCAAACUACAGUGCUACGCCGUCGACUCCGGCACGUCUGCGAGGGAGUGUGUGGGAUACAUCGUCCUCGAUCUCAGAUCACUGCAAGAGAUCAAGCAGGCUCCUAAAUGGCAUCCUUUGCUCAGUAGCAAGUACACGAAACUGAAACCUGCUCUUCUGAUCAGCGUGAUCUUAGAGAACGACACCAAACCAACAGCUGAGCAGUUCAAGGCAAAGAAAGCUCCACCGAGGCCAGGCUCUCCGGCGCUGGUUCCUCUGGACUCUGGUGAGCUCAGGCCGGUUCUGAACGAGGAAGAAGGCUUUCAUCAGAUCGGACCUGAAGAUGUCUGCGCCGACAUGUUUGUGCUGUCGGUGACGGUUGCGUUUGCGGCUAAACUGGAGCAGUUGAUCUCCAGCUCGACUAAGCUGUCCAGCGAGGGCGCAGAGUUCUUCUUCUAUUACACUCUGUUGGGGAACGACGUCACCAGCGAACCUUUCCAGAACCUCCUCAGUCCGAACUUCGAGCCCGAGCGAGCGUCCGUCCGCAUCCGCAGCAGCGAGCGAGUCCUGCGGCUCUUCCUCGCACAGCAGCCCUGUCUGCAGCUCCAUCUCUGCUGUGGAAAGCAGUCUCUCGGCAGCAGUGACGUCAGUCUAGCCGGGUUAAUGACGAGCAGCGCUGAUCUGACUAAACGUCCCGCUAUUAUAGAGGGCGCUUUCAUCCUGCAGCCCCUGAACCGAGUGAAGCCCAGCCUGCGGUGUGUCCCGCCGGACCUGCAGCCGACUGUGAGCGUGUCUGUGACACUGAGAGCCGAAGAUAUCAACAAUCAGGUCCGAUCACAUGCACGAUACGCUUACCAGUUCUUCGGCAGCGCGGCUCCCAUCCUGACGAGUCCAGCGGUGGAGGUGAAGAAGAACACGGAGGUGUUUCUGCCGCAGUCGUACUGCGCUUUUGAUUUUGCCGCUUUACCCAAUCAGCUUCAGGACACUUUCCUCAGGGUUCCUCUGAUGGUGGAGAUGUGGCACAGAGAGCCCAGCUCUCCAGAUGUUCUGCUGGGUUCGGUCAGCAUUCAGCUUUCCCGUCUCCUCGGCUCCGAGAAAACACGCUUCCUCGACCCAUCCGGUCAUCAGCACUGGAGACAGAGCUGUUCUGAGAGGAUCCCCAUCAUGAAAGCAGACGGGUCUGAGAAGUUGGCUGAACUCUGUUAUGCGAGCGUUCUUGAAGAUCUGGGGUUUGUGAAAGCUCAAGACGUCCUCGUCUCUGAAUCGUCACAGGGGCCGCCGGCAGCUCUGGCUCCUCCCCCUCAGGGCCCCGGGGGGGCGGAGCCUCUCACUCGACCUCGAGAGACCCCGGAGUACAAGGCAGCGCUGGAGCUGGAGAUGUGGAAGGAGAUGCAGGAGGAUCUGUUCGAUAAUCAGCUGAAGCAGAAGGAGUUGAGUCACAUGCAGGCGCUUGCGGAGGAGUGGAGGAAGAGAGAUCACCAGCGGGAGGCGCUCAUCAAGAAGAAGGAGAUGGAGUAUAGUCUCCUGGAGGAGCAGCUGCAGAAGACUCUGUCUGAUCUGGAGAAGCGAGAGAAAGCUCUGGCUCACGCUGAGAUGGAGACGCAGCGGCUGCAGCGAGAGCUCCGCUCCGAGCACGAGUUCAGCAUGCGGGAGCUGCAAGACAGCGGCCGGCGUCUGCGCGAGGACUGCGCUCACCAGGUGGAGCUGGAGAGGUCAAAGGUCAGGCAGCUCGAGGAUCAACUGGCUCAGCAGCGACAGCAGAUACAAGAGGCUGAGAACAAAUGCAAGCAGCUGGAGAAGGAGUUCGAGCUGUACCGGGAUCAGCAGAACGUCCGGCCCGAGGUCCGUCUGCAGUCAGAGAUCAACCUGCUGACCCUGGAGAAGGUGGAGCUGGAGCGUAAACUGGAGUCUGCUACUAAAUCUAAACUGCAUUACAAGCAGCAGUGGGGACGAGCCCUGAAGGAGCUAGCCAGGUUUAAGCAGGUAAGACUAACAGGUUAA